AUGCCUUUGGAGUGGGUGAAGAAAAAGAAGAAGCAUCAGCCUGUGAUCAAACCUAAUUUUGAAGUUGCCACUUGGAAGGGUGGAGGCUUGAAUUUGAGGGCCUACUUCAACCAAGUGGGUGAGCCCCAAUGGCUUUUUGAGAGAGUGCACCAGCAUCUCACUGGACAAUGUGAGGGGGGUGUCUACUUGAGAAGGAACAUAGAAUCUUUGAAAGAUACCAUGCAGGCCUUCCAAGUCCCACUGACAGAGCUGUCCUACAAGGGGGUUGACCAUGUGGUAUCUGAGGAGGAGCCUUGGACAGACCACACUUUGACCUCCAGAGCAUUGCUUGUGUUCCUUUUCUUUGCUGCCAAGCACAAAAGAAAUUCAGCAGAAGGAAAGGUUGCAGCCCUUUCAUUUCUCUUCAAGUUGGUUGCUUCAUUGCUGGAAGCACUUGGCAAUGAACCACCACCUCCUGUUGGCCUUUGCCUACUUGAUGAGAAUAGGUGUUUGCAGAGGGUGGAGAUUUGCUUUACACCACAAGGUGUGACUGAUGAUUGGCACAGAUUGGCGAGCUUAAACCCAGCUACAAGGGAAUUGUGGCACAAACUUCAAAUUACACCAUGGUGUGCCCAGAGAAUCACCAGCUCCUUUCAGCAACCUACCUUGGUGGACAUCUUGCUGUUCCUCUUCUAUUUGGUUGGCCAUCCCAAGGAGACCUUCUCCAACAUCAACCUCUUUGAGGCUGUUUGCCAGCCAUUGCUGCCAGAUUUGAUUUUCUGGCUGGGAAGACUUAUGGACAACAAUGCCAGAAAAUUGUCAUCAGAGCCCUUGGAUGAGUUGCCACUCCUGAAAACCAAGACAGGUGCCUUCAAGAGGAAGGCUGAUCCUGUGAACAAAUUCAUCCUCCUAGAUAAGCUGCAGCAGCACAAGGCUGCAAGGAAGAGAAUUGCAGCAACACACACUGCCCUUGCACCACAGCAUGCUGACUUAGUGGAAAGAGAGGCCAGGAUAUCAGUGGCACUUUACAAUCAGAAGGUGAAGCAGGCUUUUUCCAGCUGCCCCAAGCAGUUCUCCACUGCAUGGGAUCCUUCAACUUAUGGUGGGAGAAACACUCUGGUCAGCACCCUGUACUCACCUGAGAUUGACACUGUGGCAUAUAUGCCAAAUCAACAGCUGAGGAAGCUACAAAUGAGCGACUUGCAAGAUUCUUUCAUAGAGGAGGCAAAGGCAUCAAAAUUGGGUACCCUUGAGGGGUAUGCAGAGCUGAGGUGCCUGUCACAUGCACUUCUCCAGGCAACAGGCUGCAGCUUGGAACACUUCAGGAUUCCUCCUGAUUUAGUGGCAAGGCCUUUGCAACAGGGAGAAGCCAGAGUCUUUUUCAAUGGUGCUUGGUACAUAGUGGGGCCAGGUGAUUUGGCCAGGCCUGAGAUACCCAACCACCUGAAGCUAUCAGAUCUACCAGCCCUUUCUUCAUGCAGUGACCAGGGACCAAGCAACACUGCCAGCUUGAACUUUGUUAUGUUUGCAGGGGAGGGGAUGAUGGUCCAUGUGAACUAUGACUAUUUCCACAGGGGGUGGAAUGAUGUGAAAAACUGUGCAAAGAAAAGCUUGGGGUACCCUUGGAAAUGCAUUUUGCAGCUGGUACUUUUGUUCAACAUCAACUAUUCCCCUUUCCAGUCAGGAGCUUUUUUCUACAAAAAGCAGGGGGUCAUGGAAGACUUCCUGUCAACCAGGACCAGAGCUGACCCCACCUUUCAGUCUUACAUCUCAGACAUUUGCAGAGAGAGGAGACAAAGGGAGCCUGAGACACCAGAGGAGGAGGAAGAAUUGCUCAGGAGCCUGGCCUACAUGUCCAAUUUUCAAAAGAAAGGUGGGCUUGUGAAGAUGAUGUGGAUGAGUUUUUUUGAAGUGGCUUUGGAGUGGAGGGGAGAUCUGUGGGGUACAAAACUUGUCCUACUGUCUGACCAGCUCAAGGACACCAAUGUAUCAGAAGGCCCUGCAGAACUCCCAAAACUGAUUCAGGAAGCACAGCCUGGGCCACAAGAAGCAGCCCAAAGCAAGAUGGAUGCAAAGAAGGAGCUCAAUGAGUUGAAGAGGGCACAUGGAGUUUGGAAAUUAGCACCAAAAAUGGUGACCAGCAGAAAUGUUGCCACCUUGGACAUGCUGCUGUUGACUUGCAAAGCAACAUGGAAGUUGCAUGCUGAAAGGGCCAGGCACAUAGUGCAGCCACAGCAGGUGUUGGAACACAAUCUGGCAUGCAGCAGAAGCAACUUCUGGGCCUUGGAGCUGGAGGAUAUGGUUGCAAACUCUUUGUGGUCCAAGAGUGAGCUCAGGCACAUGUUCCAAACAUCAGUGUCAGAGAGCUUUUUGGCAGAGCAUUGUGACUUUUUUCACCAUCUCCUCUCAGCAAGGGCUACUUCCCUGGCUGCAGCAUACACAUUGCCACCAAUGAGAUGGAAUGGUGUGCUGAGCCCUUCUGACCUUGAAGCUGAGAACACCAGGAGCUACCUGCUACAUGAAUGGCAGCUUCUUUUGAAACUUGAAGCUGCCAGCUUGCACACCAUUGGCAAGGUAGAUGCUUUGGAGAAAAUGUUCUGGAGACUUGGAACAUACACAAGGGUUCUCUGCAUGGCCCAUGAGCAAGAUCAGCUGAAAGGCUUGCCCUGCAAAGAUGGUAGUGCUUUCCCUCUCCAGCGUUUGCUUGCCCAAACUUUGGGGGACAGCAGGGUCAUUGAAGUGGCUCAUCAGCAGGGCCCUGAUUUGCAGAGGGGCAACAGGCACAACAAUGUCCCAGAUGUGUCCAUUAUGUUUGGUACCAUGAAAUCUGGUGCCUUGGAACUCAGACAUGUCAAAAACACAGUUGCAAUUGACCCACAGGAACUGAUCUUCAACCAGAAGAAUUUGAGAAAAGUCAAACUGGUGGAUUCCAUGAACCCAAGGAGCCACAAGUUGGGUGAUGGGCUCCAAAGGAUGAUGAGGAAGAGACAAGGUAGCAAUUGGUGGCCCUCCCCUGCACCUUCCAGCUUGUUUGGAACUUUGGCUGCCACAGAGUGGUGUAUGGCUUACAUGGAUGGCAAGCACCCUGGGGUUUCUAUUGAUGAUGCCUGGGUUACCUGCAUUUGCAAAUGUGGUGAUUUGGUAGCCCACCAGCCCACUGGUUCUCUGGUGAAAAUUGUUGGUGCUGCAGAGUUUGGGGCCCUCACAUGGCACAUGGAUGUUUCCAGCAACAGCACCUACUUCAUGAGGCCCAACAGGAUGCUCUUGCAAUGGAUGCACAUCACUGACUUGAAGGAUUGGUUACAUGUGCCUGCUAAGCCCUUCUUAUCAGAUGCUGGUGUCAUUGAAUGGGCUUUGGAUGGGCAACCUGUGCCUUUGGUAGUGGCUAUGGCCAAGAGUGGCAUCUCAUUGAAUGUUGCCCACAUGAGAAAGCUUCUCCAGCUGCUCCAGGUGCCAGUCCCUGCUGGUACAAACAAAAGUGGCUUGCAGAAACUGUUGAUUGAUUCUGUGCUGGUGGAUCCUGGUGCAAGAGCAGAAGCUUUUGAGUCAUUGGAAUCAAACUCCAAAGGGCAACCUUUGGAUAGUGAUUUGGAGGAUGUUGUGAGUUGCUUGGAUGAGGAGGAUGCCAACACCCUUGACUUGAAGGAGCUGAAGGAGAAAAAGAGAUUGAAAAGGUACAGAAAGAGUGCUGGUGCUAAUCAGCAAGUAGGGGAAGGGGGAGGCCUGCUGGCACUGGAAGAGGCAGAGGGUUUGGCAGAAGAAGGAGAGCUAGCACUCCUUCAGACCUUCCAUGCCCAGCAGAUCAGCAUCCAGAAGCAGAACUUGAAGUUCCCAGCACACCUGCUCCAGAAAGCCUUCCAGGCCCAGCAGAUCAGCAUCCAGAAGCAGAACCUGGAGCUCCCAGCACACCUGCUGCUCCAGAAAGCCUUUCAGGCCCAGCAGAUCAACAUCCAGAAGCAGAACCUGAAGUUCCCAGCACACCUGCUCCAGAAAGCCUUCCAGGCCCAGCAGAUCAACAUCCAGAAGCAGAACUUGAAGUUCCCAGCACACCUGCUCCAGAAAGCCUUCCAGGCCCAGCAGAUCAGCAUCCAGAAGCAGAACCUGGAGCUCCCAGCACACCUGCUGCUCCAGAAAGCCUUUCAGGCCCAGCAGAUCAGCAUCCAGAAGCAGAACCUGGAGCUCCCAGCACACCUGCUGCUCCAGAAAGCCUUUCAGGCCCAGCAGAUCAGCAUCCAGAAGCAGAACCUGGAGCUCCCAGCACACCUGCCAGCAGCUCCAGUGGCAGAGGGUGCUGAUGGCAUGGAUGCAGACCCAGCUGAACCAGUGAGGCCUUCGCACGAGCUUUGGAUGAUGCAAAACUGGAAGGGCAAAUUCUCAGAACGGAAACGGGCAGUUUCAAGUUGCAAAACGUUUCUGAAAUUUGGGACGAGAAGCAGUUCUAUGUGCGGGGGUGCUACACAGAAGAAAUUUGCUGCCAAGCACAAAAGAAAUUCAGCAGAAGGAAAGGUUGCAGCCCUUUCAUUUCUCUUCAAGUUGGUUGCUUCAUUGCUGGAAGCACUUGGCAAUGAACCACCACCUCCUGUUGGCCUUUGCCUACUUGAUGAGAAUAGGUGUUUGCAGAGGGUGGAGAUUUGCUUUACACCACAAGGUGUGACUGAUGAUUGGCACAGAUUGGCGAGCUUAAACCCAGCUACAAGGGAAUUGUGGCACAAACUUCAAAUUACACCAUGGUGUGCCCAGAGAAUCACCAGCUCCUUUCAGCAACCUACCUUGGUGGACAUCUUGCUGUUCCUCUUCUAUUUGGUUGGCCAUCCCAAGGAGACCUUCUCCAACAUCAACCUCUUUGAGGCUGUUUGCCAGCCAUUGCUGCCAGAUUUGAUUUUCUGGCUGGGAAGACUUAUGGACAACAAUGCCAGAAAAUUGUCAUCAGAGCCCUUGGAUGAGUUGCCACUCCUGAAAACCAAGACAGGUGCCUUCAAGAGGAAGGCUGAUCCUGUGAACAAAUUCAUCCUCCUAGAUAAGCUGCAGCAGCACAAGGCUGCAAGGAAGAGAAUUGCAGCAACACACACUGCCCUUGCACCACAGCAUGCUGACUUAGUGGAAAGAGAGGCCAGGAUAUCAGUGGCACUUUACAAUCAGAAGGUGAAGCAGGCUUUUUCCAGCUGCCCCAAGCAGUUCUCCACUGCAUGGGAUCCUUCAACUUAUGGUGGGAGAAACACUCUGGUCAGCACCCUGUACUCACCUGAGAUUGACACUGUGGCAUAUAUGCCAAAUCAACAGCUGAGGAAGCUACAAAUGAGCGACUUGCAAGAUUCUUUCAUAGAGGAGGCAAAGGCAUCAAAAUUGGGUACCCUUGAGGGGUAUGCAGAGCUGAGGACCAGAGCUGACCCCACCUUUCAGUCUUACAUCUCAGACAUUUGCAGAGAGAGGAGACAAAGGGAGCCUGAGACACCAGAGGAGGAGGAAGAAUUGCUCAGGAGCCUGGCCUACAUGUCCAAUUUCAAAAGAAAGGACACCAAUGUAUCAGAAGGCCCUGCAGAACUCCCAAAACUGAUUCAGGAAGCACAGCCUGGGCCACAAGAAGCAGCCCAAAGCAAGAUGGAUGCAAAGAAGGAGCUCAAUGAGUUGAAGAGGGCACAUGGAGUUUGGAAAUUAGCACCAAAAAUGGUGACCAGCAGAAAUGUUGCCACCUUGGACAUGCUGCUGUUGACUUGCAAAGCAACAUGGAAGUUGCAUGCUGAAAGGGCCAGGCACAUAGUGCAGCCACAGCAGGUGUUGGAACACAAUCUGGCAUGCAGCAGAAGCAACUUCUGGGCCUUGGAGCUGGAGGAUAUGGUUGCAAACUCUUUGUGGUCCAAGAGUGAGCUCAGGCACAUGUUCCAAACAUCAGUGUCAGAGAGCUUUUUGGCAGAGCAUUGUGACUUUUUUCACCAUCUCCUCUCAGCAAGGGCUACUUCCCUGGCUGCAGCAUACACAUUGCCACCAAUGAGAUGGAAUGGUGUGCUGAGCCCUUCUGACCUUGAAGCUGAGAACACCAGGAGCUACCUGCUACAUGAAUGGCAGCUUCUUUUGAAACUUGAAGCUGCCAGCUUGCACACCAUUGGCAAGGUAGAUGCUUUGGAGAAAAUGUUCUGGAGACUUGGAACAUACACAAGGGUUCUCUGCAUGGCCCAUGAGCAAGAUCAGCUGAAAGGCUUGCCCUGCAAAGAUGGUAGUGCUUUCCCUCUCCAGCGUUUGCUUGCCCAAACUUUGGGGGACAGCAGGGUCAUUGAAGUGGCUCAUCAGCAGGGCCCUGAUUUGCAGAGGGGCAACAGGCACAACAAUGUCCCAGAUGUGUCCAUUAUGUUUGGUACCAUGAAAUCUGGUGCCUUGGAACUCAGACAUGUCAAAAACACAGUUGCAAUUGACCCACAGGAACUGAUCUUCAACCAGAAGAAUUUGAGAAAAGUCAAACUGGUGGAUUCCAUGAACCCAAGGAGCCACAAGUUGGGUGAUGGGCUCCAAAGGAUGAUGAGGAAGAGACAAGGUAGCAAUUGGUGGCCCUCCCCUGCACCUUCCAGCUUGUUUGGAACUUUGGCUGCCACAGAGUGGUGUAUGGCUUACAUGGAUGGCAAGCACCCUGGGGUUUCUAUUGAUGAUGCCUGGGUUACCUGCAUUUGCAAAUGUGGUGAUUUGGUAGCCCACCAGCCCACUGGUUCUCUGGUGAAAAUUGUUGGUGCUGCAGAGUUUGGGGCCCUCACAUGGCACAUGGAUGUUUCCAGCAACAGCACCUACUUCAUGAGGCCCAACAGGAUGCUCUUGCAAUGGAUGCACAUCACUGACUUGAAGGAUUGGUUACAUGUGCCUGCUAAGCCCUUCUUAUCAGAUGCUGGUGUCAUUGAAUGGGCUUUGGAUGGGCAACCUGUGCCUUUGGUAGUGGCUAUGGCCAAGAGUGGCAUCUCAUUGAAUGUUGCCCACAUGAGAAAGCUUCUCCAGCUGCUCCAGGUGCCAGUCCCUGCUGGUACAAACAAAAGUGGCUUGCAGAAACUGUUGAUUGAUUCUGUGCUGGUGGAUCCUGGUGCAAGAGCAGAAGCUUUUGAGUCAUUGGAAUCAAACUCCAAAGGGCAACCUUUGGAUAGUGAUUUGGAGGAUGUUGUGAGUUGCUUGGAUGAGGAGGAUGCCAACACCCUUGACUUGAAGGAGCUGAAGGAGAAAAAGAGAUUGAAAAGGUACAGAAAGAGUGCUGGUGCUAAUCAGCAAGUAGGGGAAGGGGGAGGCCUGCUGGCACUGGAAGAGGCAGAGGGUUUGGCAGAAGAAGGAGAGCUAGCACUCCUUCAGACCUUCCAUGCCCAGCAGAUCAGCAUCCAGAAGCAGAACUUGAAGUUCCCAGCACACCUGCUCCAGAAAGCCUUCCAGGCCCAGCAGAUCAGCAUCCAGAAGCAGAACCUGGAGCUCCCAGCACACCUGCUGCUCCAGAAAGCCUUUCAGGCCCAGCAGAUCAACAUCCAGAAGCAGAACCUGAAGUUCCCAGCACACCUGCUCCAGAAAGCCUUCCAGGCCCAGCAGAUCAACAUCCAGAAGCAGAACUUGAAGUUCCCAGCACACCUGCUCCAGAAAGCCUUCCAGGCCCAGCAGAUCAGCAUCCAGAAGCAGAACCUGGAGCUCCCAGCACACCUGCUGCUCCAGAAAGCCUUUCAGGCCCAGCAGAUCAGCAUCCAGAAGCAGAACCUGGAGCUCCCAGCACACCUGCUGCUCCAGAAAGCCUUUCAGGCCCAGCAGAUCAGCAUCCAGAAGCAGAACCUGGAGCUCCCAGCACACCUGCCAGCAGCUCCAGUGGCAGAGGGUGCUGAUGGCAUGGAUGCAGACCCAGCUGAACCAGUGAGGAUUUGGACAAAAUGGUCUUAUGUGAAAAAGGCCUUGCCCCUGAAGGGUGGCAUGACCCCUCAGGAGCCUGGCAAGGUUCCAGAAGAAGUUUUGACAGGGUUGGUUCAGAGCGAUGUUCCCGAGAAUGUCAAGGCCUUCGCACGAGCUUUGGAUGAUGCAAAACUGGAAGGGCAAAUUCUCAGAACGGAAACGGGCAGUUUCAAGUUGCAAAACGUUUCUGAAAUUUGGGACGAGAAGCAGUUCUAUGUGCGGGGGUGCUACACAGAAAUUGCCGACAUCAUGUUGAAGAAAAAGCCCCCCGUGAUGUCGCUGCUGGGCUCGUCUGGGAUCGGCAAGUCCAAUUUUAUGGUAUAUUUAAUCUGGCGUCGCUUCCAAGACAAUGAGCUUAAAGACUUCCCAGUUUUUCUGCACCAGAGGGACGACAUCUUUCGGUUUAAGAAGGGCGAAGAGCCGAAGCUUGUGGAUGUCAGGACCUUGAAGUCGACCCCUCAAAAAGCUUUGUAUAUCAUGGAUGCCGACAUUGAUGUGGAACAUGGGGUCUUUUGCCAGUCUUUGUGGAUUACCUCUGCGCGGAGGCCCGAGACAGCGGCGUUCAACACCGAGCAUUUCAAGAAAGCUGACAACUGCGGUGGGCAGUUCUUUAUGCCACCAUGGACGUUGACGGAGAUGCUGAGUGCAGAGGUCAUGGCUCUGCACCAGCUGACGACAGAGGUUGUUGAGAAACGCUUUGGCAUCUUUGGUGGCACUGCGAGGCUCGUGUUGCGAUUGGACGAGACAAGGGCAGGCGUCGACCGAAGAAGGCUCGUAGAGGCCGUGCAGUCAGCAGAUGCGCUGCAAUGCCUUAAAGUAUCGUCUGACAUGAAAGCCAUAAGCAAGACGACGCACUUGCUGGUGAAGAUGAUGCCAUGGCCAAACUUCAGCUGGUUUGAUGUGCAGUUGUCGUCUCCCUAUGUUCGGCAAGAGCUGGUGAAGCGAAACAGAGCAAAACGAGCCCAAGCUCUUUGGGAUCGUAUUGAUGAUGGGAUGAUUACGGGCAUCGGUUUUGCAUUGUUUGAGGAAGAGUUCCACCAGUUCAUGCAGGACAAGUCCAUCGGCAAGUUCAAGCUCCGAGCCAGAUGCUUGACAGCUGAGGGGAAGGGGUCUGAUACAACACAGGAACUCCAAGGUGGUCUUGAAGGAGUGCUGAUUUCGGGCAAUCCCGCAGCAGACAUCAAGGAUGGCGAAUACUACCAGCCGCAGAGCAAAAACUUUCAUGCCUUUGACUCAUGGACCUCACAGGGCGUUUUUCAGCUGACGAUUGCCGAUACACAUGACAUCACCUUCAAUGACAGUGGCAAGGCAAUGGACGUGACGAAGACGCAGGCGUAUUAUAAGAUUGUGGAUGCACUUUGCAAGAAGCAUGACAGCAAAGCCAAAUUCUUCUUUGUCGUUCCGCAGUUUCAGUUUGAUAAGUGGAAGACUGUGCAGACAGUGAAACAGCCAGAGAUGGCUGAGAAGAUUGAGCAAUGGGUUGUGUGCUUUGAACAGCCACCCUCGCGUCCCAUGCCACGGCCCGUGCCAUUGGAGAAGCCAUCCACUGCGCCGCCGGUGCCGGAGCCAUCCACGGCGCCGCCGGUGCCGGCGCCGGUGGUGCCCAAAGGCGGCAUGGUGCCCAGGAGCAAAGCGAAGGUGGUGCCGCCAAAGGAUUCCAAGCCUGCGACGCCACGGGAAAACCCCGCCGCUGUGCAGCCUUCCCGCAGCCCUGGUGCAAAGUCCGCAACUCUGCAGCCGUCGUCUCGCAAGUUGCCCCCCGGGAGCGUGGGCACUGCGGCGGGCACUGCGGCGGGCACUGCGGCGGGCACUGCGGCGGGCACUGCGGGCACUGUGCCGUCCAAAGGCGUCAUUCGCAAGCCACGUGGAAGUGUGGGCGCUAUGCUGCCACAAAGGUCAGAAGCUAAUGGGGAUCGGUCGAGAACUCCGAUCCCUCCUCGUACAGCGCCACCAAGGAAGAAACUUCCUCAUCCGUGGGAGGAGCACUUCGACAAAGACUACGAAUUGAACUACUACUGGAACCCUCUGACGGGUGAAAGUAUGUGGGAUGCGCCGACUUAA